GCCUGGCAGGCUAAAUAUAGGGCUAAAAUGUCCCCCAACUUUUUUCACGCCUGCCAAGGGGAUUUUUUUUCCCCUCUGACGGCGUGGUCUGUCUAUAGCAACCGUGAAGUGAGCAACAAGAAGGGGGCUUGGACGGAGUUAGUGAAUGUGAAUCACAUCAACACCUCUGGCAGUGUGAAAGCUAGUUCCUUUCUGAGUGAGAGAAAUAUGGAUGGUAGUGGUGGAAGUAAUGCUCAGGCAGAGCUGGACUCGGUGGAGGCUGAGCUGGAGUUGGUGGAGGCGCAGAUCACGGAGCUCCUGCAGAAGCAGGCUGAGCUGACCUCUCGUAAGAAUGCACUGCUGCAGCAUUUGGAGGAGGCCUGUUGUGCUGCACAGUCAUCAUCAUCAUCAUCAUCAUCAUCCAAGCCGCCUCGAGCUAAUCCUGUAAUGAGCAACCAGAAAUUGCAGCGCUACGAUGGCACAGAUUUUCCAUGGUCCAAAGAGGUGAAGAAGCACCUGAAGACCUCAUUCCAUCUCUCCACGUUCAGACCACUGCAGCUGAGGGCCAUCAACCUGACCAUGUCAGGCCAAGACCUCUUCCUGGUUAUGCCUACAGGAAGAGGAAAAAGCCUCUGCUACCAGCUGCCUGCUGUCUGCUCUGGGGGUUUUACACUGGUUAUCACUCCCUUGGUGUCCCUGAUGGAGGACCAGAUCAUGUACCUGGAGUCAAUCAGUGUAUCAGCAGCGAUGCUGAAUGCGUCCAGUAGCAAGGACCACGUUAAAGCAGUCAUGAACGGUAUGACGGAUCCAAAGGCCCCUUUCAAGCUGGUGUACGUGACUCCAGAGAAGAUUGCCAAGAGCAAGCUGCUCAUGUCUCGUCUGGAGAAAGCUUACAAAGCGAACCUGCUGAGUCGCAUCGCGGUGGACGAGGUGCACUGCUGCAGCCAGUGGGGACAUGACUUCCGACCAGAUUACAAGAUGCUGGGCAUCCUGAAGAGGCAGUUCCCUAAAGUGCCACUGCUCGGCAUCACAGCCACGGCAACCAGCGGAGUCCUCGCGGACUGCUCAAAAAUCCUGAAUGUGCAACAGCCAAUCACCCUCAGCGACUCCUUCAACCGGACUAAUCUCUACUAUGAGGUUCGUGUUAAAAAGUCUGACAACAAUGCCUCAAUCAGCGACAUCGCCUCUCUGAUCAAGAACAAAUACAAAGACCAGUCAGGGAUUGUGUAUGUGUUCUCUCAGAAAGAUGCAGAGUCUGUGUCUUCUGAACUCCAGAAGAGGAACAUCCUAGCCUAUCCUUACCAUGCUAACAUGGACCCUGACGAGAAGUCCCAGGUUCAUCGCAAGUGGACCGCCAACGAAAUCAGGGUGGUUGUAGCCACCGUGGCGUUCGGCAUGGGCAUAGACAAAUCCGACGUCAGGUUCGUCAUCCACCACACCAUCAGCAAGUCCAUCGAGAACUACUACCAAGAGAGCGGACGUGCAGGUCGAGAUGACCGUCCAGCAGACUGCAUCGUCUACUUCGGCUUCGCUGAUAUCUUCAGGAUCAGCACCAUGGUGGUCAUGGAGAACGUUGGUCAACAGAAGCUGCUGCAGAUGGUCAGCUACUGCCAGAACCUCGACAGGUGUCGGCGCGCCCUCAUGGCUGUUCACUUUGAUGAGGUGUGGGAUGAUGAAGGAUGCAACCAGAGGUGCGACAGUUGCAACCAUGCAAAAGACUACCCUACCGUGGACAUCACCCAGCAUGCCCGGCAGGUGUUGCAGAUUGUGGAGCUGGCGACGUCCAUGGAUGAGAAGCUGACUCCUCUGAAGCUGGUGGAGGCCUGGAUGGGGAAAGGCCCCGCCAAGCGCAGGAAGAUGAUUGAGACCACCAUGCUGUCUCGGCAGCAGGCUGAGGCUGUGAUCGUGCAGCUGCUGCUGCAGGAAUACCUCAGGGAGGAUUUCAGCUUCACUCCGUACACCACCUACUUCUACAUGAAGCUGGGCCGCAAAGCUCCUUUGCUGAAGACCCAGACUCACACGCUGAGCAUGAAGAUGAGGACAGCAGGGUCUGGACCCACUGUGGACACAUCAGCUGUUAAAGCCGAUGAGAAGGAGGUUGAUAUAACCUUUGACCCCACUGACACGGACAACAGCCCACAACCCAAGCAAAAAGUAUAUAAAGAACAGAGGAACCUGUCCAGGAAACAAAACCUGAAGCCAGUCAGCCAGACAGACAAACAAACACACAGACACACAGAGGAAGAGGAGGACAAGAGAGGACCCAUUGUCAGUCAACAUGUAGUUGAGGUUGAAGUUAACAUGAUAGAUAAUGUAGGUGUUAGUGACAGUCAGAAAACACGGCCACAUCCAACGAGACCCUGUUCGAAAAGAAAAUCCACCACCCCUAAAAGGGAGGAGAGGAAACCCCGUGCUAGCGAAGCAGCGGUGGACGUUCCCUCUCCAUCCCCAGGCGGCGACUCCCUUGCCAACACCGCGCCCGGCUCCCCGUCCCGGGCCUCGGUCAUCUCCUCCACCGCAGCCGAGGAGCUCUGCGAACUGAGGUACUACUACAGCAAACAGCUGAGGAGGAUCAACUACAUUUCCCACGAAUACCUGGGGCGGGCCGCGGAGCCGGGAGUGCUGGCGUGCAUCAGGGAGCCUCUGAGGAGCCUCCGUCUGCCCCGCAGGGUGACCAUCGCCCAGACGGCCCGCAGCCUGUGGACGCGGGUCAGCGGCAGGCGGAAACUGGUGCAGCGCUGAAGUGCAGAGUCGCCCUGCAGAAAACCAACAACACACAAUGUCACAGAAGUAUACGCUUACUAUUACACUGUAACCAAGGUGACCUCUUUAACCACUGUUACUGUUAAAAAAAAACCACUGUGUGUACAACCACAAGUCUGACCUGGGAACACUGAGAUGAAGGGAAUGAAACCAAAAAACAUUUUUUUUUAUUGUCCUACAAACAAAAAAAAAUACAUUCCAUCAGCGUAAUUGUGAAGAAGUUAUAAUUACACAGAGUUAAAUGUGUUUUCAUCACUGUAAAGUUGUGGACUAUGAUUUAUAGGCAAACUUCUCCGUUCUGUUAGUUUUUUAUAUAUAAAGAAAAUCUACCGAUUAUUAAUAAUCAAGAUUUUGGUUCCAGAUUGAGAUUAAUUUGAGGCGUUUAAAGGCACUGGGAUAAUUCACAUAACAUGCCGUGGAAUUAUUGACAGCAGCAUAUUUAAAUUAUGAAACUGAAAUGAAA